AUGACAAAGAUGAAGAGAUUGGUAGUAGUGAUACUUCUUGUUAUAGGAUCAUCAAGAUGUUCCUUGGCGGAUAAAGAGCAAUGCGGAAAACAAGCUGGUGGUGCAUUGUGCCUAAAUCAGUUAUGUUGCAGUGCAUGGGGUUUUUGUGGAUCAACCGACAUCUACUGCGGUGAAGGUUGCCAGAGUCAAUGUACCGGAACCAACCCUCCUCCACCAACACCUCCCUCUCCUCCUCCACCACCACCGCCUCGUCCUCCUCUUCCAGAAGAGUAUCUCAUCUCUAGAAAAGAUUUCAAUGAGAUGCUCAAGAAUCGAGAUGACAAAAGGUGUGAGGGGAAAGGCUUUUAUACCUAUGAAGCUUUCGUUGAAGCUGCCAUCUCUUUCCCCAAGUUCGGUAAUGAAGGAUACAGGGAAGAUAGUAAAAAAAGAGACAUUGCUGCUUUCUUUGGUCAAACUUCUAGAGAAACGGUUGCUAAUGCAGAUUUUGAAGACACGACAUACCCAGUCGAAUGGGGAUAUUGUUUUGUGAAGCAAAAAAAUCCCAGCAAGAACUACUGUGAACCAAGCUCUGAAUUCCCAUGUGCUUUUGGAAAGGAAUACUACGGUAGAGGUCCGUUUCAGAUACGUGGUAAUGAAUUAUACGGUAAGUGUGGAAAAGCAAUAGGUGUUGAUUUGCUCAAUAAUCCAGACCUUGUGGCCACUGACCCUGUUAUAUCAUUCAAGACCGCUAUAUGGUUUUGGAUGACACCUCCUCUUCCAUUAUAUGGACAAUAUUUACCAUCUGGCCACGAUGUUAUGGCCAUUAUAUGGACCCCUUCUGAUCUUGAUCUUUCCCUAGGGAGGUUUCCCGGAUAUGGGAUGACAACGUUUGUGGUGACUCAUGCCCUACAAAUUUAUGAUGAAUGUGGACUUGGGUACAUAACUUUACCUGAGUAUUGUCGGAUUCUAUUUUAUGGAAGAUAUUGUGACAUACUUGGAGUUGAUUAUGGAGUUAGUUUCGGAGACGAAGUUUCAUGUAUGACUUCGAAAACACAAUUCCUCGUUGGUUCCACCUAG